AUGUCUUGCUCGGCCAAACGAUGUUUACCUUUCUUCAAAACCCUGAAACAGAUCAAGAACUUCACAUGGACAGCAGAAUGCCAGCAGGCGUUCAAGGAAUUGAAAAGCUUCCUAUCCUCACCCCCACUUUUGGCGAGACCAGAUCCGGGCGACUUGUUAUAUUUAUACAUCUCUUGCUCUGACGAAACAAUAGCAGGAGUAUUGGUAUCGGAAAAAGGAGGAGAACAAUACCCGAUCUACUACAUUAGCAAAGUGCUCAGAGAUGCGGAGCUAAGAUACCCAAAGUUGGAAAAGCUGGCGCUAUGUGUAUACACCGCCACCAUCAAGCUCCGACAUUACUUCGAAGGACACCAAGUCAUUGUACGGGCCGACCAACCAUUACGAAAAAUCCUCCAGAAGGCGGAGACAAGUGGACGCAUAGCAGAAUGGGCUGUCAAAAUAGGAAGCUUGGGCGUUAUCUAUGAAGCUCGAAAAGCACCGAAAGCUCAAGAACUAGCCGACUUCUUCGCAGAAUUAACAUUCAAGGAACCCAUGGAGGACAAAACGACUCCCUGGGAGAUACACGUCGAUGGAGCAGUUUGCGGAGAAGGAGCGGGUAUCGGAGUCGUGCUCAAAGGACCAGGGAGAGUCCAAAUGGAAUACUCAGCAAGACUCGAAUUUCCAGCUUCCAACAAUGUUGCGGAAUAUGAGGCGCUGAUAACAGGGUUGCAAUUGUGCGAAGAACUCAAUAUCUCCGAAGUCCAGAUCUAUAGUGAUUCACAACUGGUCGUGAACCAAGUCUCAGGGAACUUCGAAGUAAAAGAAGCUACACUGAAGAAAUACGCCAAGCAAGCCAAAACCUUCUUUGCCAAUAAUGGGCGAUCUUGGUCGUUACAGCAAAUACCUAGAGCAAUGAAUGGAAGAUCAGACGAAUUGGCAAAGUGGGCAGCAACAAAGAAUUACGAUUCAAUGAGAAACGUCCCUCAUGAAAUCAAACGACAGCCUAGCUUCCAAGAAGAAAUUGAAGAAGGCGAAGUACUGAUGGUAGAAGGAGAAGAAACCUGGAUGACCCCCCUCACAGCAUACUUGGCUAAUGGAAUACUCCCUGAGGAUAGAAAGGAAGCCAAAAGAAUAGUGAUACUAUCAUCAAAGUUCGGAAUAUACAAUGGCCAGAUGUACAAACGGUCAUUCACCCAUCCCUGGCUAAGAUGUGUGAACAAAGAAGAAGGAGAGUACAUCAUGAAAGAAUUACAUGAGGGGACCUGCGGAGCACAUGACGGAGCAUCAACACUGGUCAGGAAAGCCCUGUUACAAGGCUAUUAUUGGCCCACGAUGAAAGAACAAGCUACAACGCUAGUAAGAGGAUGCUGGCCUUGCCAGCAACAUGCUUUGGUACCAAGAAAGCAAGCUUCAGAAAUGAAACCGAUCGGCAGUGCGUGGCCCUUCGCCCAGUGGAAUAUGGAUAUCCUAGGACCUCUCCCUUUGGCUACAGGACAACGGAAGUUCUUGGUAGUGGCAAUCGACCACUUCACUAAGUGGAUAGAAGCAGAACCACUGGCGAAAAUCACCCAGCAACGCAUAACUAACUUUUUCUUUAGAUCUAUCUUGUGCAGGUUUGGAAUACCGAAGGUGCUAAUCACAGACAAUGGAAAGCAGUUCGACUCAGCGAAAUUCAGAAAGUUCUGUGCCGAAUAUCAAAUCAAUUUGAGGUUCACCUCGGUUUAUCAUCCACAAUCAAAUGGGCAAACCGAAGUGGCCAACAGGAUUCUACUGGCCGGACUAAAAAGAAGAUUAGACGAAUACAAAGGAAGAUGGGUAGAAGAACUCUACAGCGUCCUAUGGAACUACCGUACCACCCCUAGGGAAUCAACGGGCGAAACUCCAUUCGCCCUAGCUUAUGGAACGGAGGCUGUAAUUCCUGUAGAGAUUGGCGCACCCACACCAAGGACAGAGGACAACCAGCUAAACCUAGAAGAAAACGAAGAAGAGCUCAGGAACAAUCUGGAUCUCCUGGUUGAAAAAAUCAACAGAUCAGAUAUCAGGAUGGAAGCCUACAGACAAAAAAUGGCCAAACAUUUCAACAGCCAUGUAAAGAAAAGAAAAUUCAAACUAGGCGACCUCGUCAUGCGGAAGACCGAAGUCAAAAAAGGAGAAGCAGGAAGCGGAAAACUGCAGCCAAACUGGGAAGGACCUUACACCAUCAGCGAGGUCAUUAAGGAAGGAACAUUUAAGCUCACUAACUCCAUGGGAAGAAUCAUACCAAGGACAUGGAACGCCAACAACUUGAGGAAAAUUUAG